GGAACGUUACCGAAACCUGUGCUCCUCGGAGACACUGCGAUCAGGAAAAAAGGGCUUCUUCAGCGAGUUCAGCGAACGCGUCGCGCUGGUCGCCGGCGACCGAUGGAUCUCGAAGGUGUUCGCGCGACUGACCAACGACGAGGAUCGAAUCCGGGCGAUCUUCGCGGACCCGAAGAUAAACUCCGUGGCGUUGGAGACUUUGAACAGGACGGAGCCCUUGUACAGGGCCAAAGACGCGGCCGCGUCGAGGAAGAGCAGACUGGAGGGCUUCGUGGCCGCGACCGCGGCGAAACGCACCAACGCGCUCUUGUGUUUCAGCCAAGCGGUCCUUCGCGCCCCGCUGACAGGUUCUCCAUUCCUCCACCCUCGAGAACCCUCGGCGAUCGUCGCUCACGUUCUUUCUUCGCUUUCGUUCCAGGAAAAUGCGAGGAGGUCGAUCGAGGAUUCACUUUGUCGCUCGCGUUACUCGCGAGAGCGGAGAUCCUUGUCGCUUCCGGUCAACACGCCCUCGCUUUCGACGACUUGCGUUUCGCCGAGGAGCUGACCGUUCCGCAGCAGUUCAAAUCGGAACUCGCCCGAAAGAAAGAAGCGUGCGAGAAGGUUAUACGCGAGAACGAGAAGAGUCUAGUUUUAAGAAGAGAGUGGACGACGACGGAGAGUAAACCUUUACCACCGUUGACCGAGGGGGAAAAUCCGGGGAUACCGGGGGCUUCGUCCCUGCUGGAGAUGGAGGAGACGGUCGCCGCGGGUAAGAGAGCGAUCGCGGCGAAGACGAUCGUUCCUGGCGACACGUUGGUGGUCGAGCCUCCAAUCGCCGCCGCUCUAUUGCCCGAUUUCUUCGGCACUCACUGUCAACACUGCUUUUCCAGGUUCGUCGCCCCGGUGGGAUGUCCGAACUGUAGCGGCGUGGCUUUCUGCGGGCGAAAGUGCAGAGACGCGGCGAUGUCGACCUACCACAAGUACGAGUGCAAGAUUCUGGCGCUACUGAUAGGCUCGGGCAUGAGCGUACUGAGCAUGCUUGCCCUGCGAAUGGUCACUCAAAACGGUCCGAACAAGUGUACGGAGAUCCGACACGCGUUAACGGGUCGAACCUCGAACGAGGGUGAAGAUGGGAACGCGCGAUCGUCGACGGAGACGAAGCCGAGUAAAUCGGCGAAACGGCGCUCGAGGAAGAAAAAAUGGCGAGACUCGCAGCGUAGGGAGAAACUCGAAGAGGAGAUCGAUUUGAGGGCGUACGACUUGGUGGCGCACGAGAAACAGAGAUCGGCUAAAGACUUUUUCGAAAGAUCGCUAAUGGCUGCGUUUCUGCUUCGAUGUUUGCAGAGAGUAGGUUUCUUCGAGAAGCCGACCAAGGACGAAGAGACGCCGAACGAAGAGGAGAUCGGAGUGGCCGCGUUGCUCUCGAAGCACCUUCAAUUGCUGCAAUUCAACGCUCACGAGGUGUUUGAAACGCGGCUGGGAACGGAGCAUUGGUUUCGGGGCAGCAAACCCGUGUACCUAGGGGUGGCCGUUUAUCCGACGGUCGCUCGUUUCAAUCACGACUGUUAUCCGGCGGUAACCAGGUAUUUCGUAGGUCGAUCGAUCGUGAUUCGAGCGAUACGUCGCCUGCAGCCAGGGGACGUGGUCGCCGAGAAUUACGGGCCGAUAUUCACCAAGAGAACUCUGAAGGAGCGUCAGAACACUCUUGCUGGAAGAUACUGGUUUCGUUGCGAGUGCACCGCAUGUCGCGAAGACUGGCCCCUCUUCGACGGUUUGUCCAACGACCUCGUUAGACUAAGGUCAGUAGUUCCCGGGUCUUACAAAAUUACAAAUUUUCAUCUAAUCGAGCGCCAUUUUUCUCCGCAGGUGUCCUACCGAGGGAUGCACCAAAGUACACGGAACGCCGCGAGAUCCGAACAAGAUGAUCAAGUGCUCCUCGUGUCGACGAGAAAUCGAUUUACGAGGAUCACUCGAAACGGUACGCGAAUGCGAAACGCUUUACGCUCGCGGUUUCGCCGCGAUGGACCGAGAACAGGCAGAGACCGCUUUGCAGGCGUUCCUCGAAGGAGCGGACAAGUUCCACCGAGUGGCGGUGCCACCCCACAAGGACACUCACCUGGCGGAAAUCGCGGCCAGCGUCUGCAUGGCCGACAAAGGCAACGUUUGGUCGCCACAGAACCCCCCUGUUUGAUUCGGCGAUAUACAGCGAUCGAUAACAAUACGAAACGUAAUAAAUGCGCGAUAGAAAAAGAGAAGGAAAACGUGGCGGAUGCUCGGAUAAUCGCUUACCUGACUUUAGAUCGGGGAGAAGGAAGAGGAAUACGAGAUCUGUGGAGACGUAACAAAAUUCGACGUUCGGUUCGUGAGAUUUUGCGAUUUUUUUGGCAUUUAUUUUUUAUAAUGCACAUGUUUCGUGAAAAAAUUAAAUUCCGUAUAUGAAAGUAGCUUUUUCGAAAUUUCGCGUUUCGGUAUAAAAUUCACUGGGUUCGAGGAACACAGGGAGCGGACGAAGGUGAGGAGGUAAGCUGGGAAGGAGGAAUAGGGAAGGUAAGAAGGUGGGCGCAAAGGUAGAGGGGGUGGAUGGGUGAAAUUUCUUUUUUUGGAAAGGAAGGUGGUGGAUCGGGAUGGCCUGUCGGUCGACGGACACGGUCCGUACGACCGGCGAGAGAUUUUUACGUCUCGGCUUCGAUCGAAGAUACAUUCUCUUCGAGAGACAAGCGUCUCCCUCGGUUUUCUGCUUUUUUUUUUUUUUUUUUCAUUCCGUUUCUUGUCCGAUCCGAUACCUUCACGGACGGUUCCUACGGCUAUGAUCUCUUUCUCUCGCGGGAAACUGAAUCGAAACUAAUUGACUGUCGCAAAACGUGAUACAACGCGCGUCUCUUCCUCUUGCUACUGCCUCUCAUCCUUCUCCUUCUCUUCACCCGAAGUCUCGUCUGCCGAGGAGAAUCGCACCGAUUCGCGGGGCAGAAAUUCAUCGGAAAACGAGACAUUCGCGAAUCGCUAAAUUCUCGGACGCCACGUGUCCACGUAUUGCCGGAACCGUGCACGUUCGUUCGCACGAUUCUUGUUUUGCGCAUUUGCUCUGCAUCCUUUGCGUUUCGUUUAAUUCCGAUAUUCACUUUCAACACAUGCAUUCUUCUUUUUUUUUCUUGUUCGCGUGCUUCAUUUCAAUUACAAUGCUCGCCCGAUGCGAGUCGCGGCUUUUCGAUUUAGAUUUUAUUCCUGCUUCGCGAGACCCCUCUUAAAAUACGCUCUUUUUUUACUUUUUUUUUUUAUUUUGCCGUUCUCCCCAGCUGUUACGCCUCGUGGGAGUUACGCCAUCCUGCUUGUUAAAAAAUCGUUUCUUCAAUGUUACCGUGUUAAAUUUACACUUAUUUCGUUAUUAAUCGAUCGCGUUUCUCCCACUUGGCGUUACGCUCGCACACCACUCGUUUCCUCCCCCUCCCCCUACGCCUCUUUAUCACGCUUUCAUCCUCUUUCGGUUCUCCCUCGAAAGAUCCUGCGAUCGACUAUCGCGAAGAAUCUUCUCAGCAAGGAACGUAAAACGUCUGCGACCACGACUGCAGCUAAAAUAGCGACGAACGACGAGGACGGCGACAAAGAUCCGAGAUCCAGAGCGCGAUUCGAAUGAAAGGUAAAAAACCUACUGCCAACGAGCUUGCGACACUGUUCGGUCGACCUCGAAUUACGUUUGGAAAGAAAAUUGUACUUUUUAUUUUUCCGACGAUAGAACUACAAACUAAAAUUUAAAAAAGUGGUUUCGUUUCCAUGCAAAAUCGUAUAAAGCUUUUUUUAUCUGUGUCUCACCGUCUCAUCUUCUCUCUAACACGCACACACGCAUACAAAACGCGUGCGCUCGGCACGCGUUAACCUUUCUCUCCCUCUCUUUCGCUCUAUCUCCUCGUCAUUUGUCGUCUCGCUUCGUUCGAACGAACCACGGAUGCUGUUAGCUUCCAUCUUCGAUGGAAUCGAAACAGCCGCGGAUCUGCGCCGAGCAUCGCGGCGUUCGAUAAACGCCGUCGAUACUCGGUUAGCACGGAGAAAACGAAUCGAUUCACGAUUACGUCGAACUCGUAACGCGUGAAAUCUCGAUAAUGAUCGUCGGAUGAAUAAUAGGCACGAGCAAGCGAACGCCUUGCUCAAACUUAGUCCUACCCACCAGGGGCAUCGAUCGCGUCCAUCUUAUUGCUACGAUCGUACGCGAACCCCAAUUGUCGCAUCGAAUAUCGUACGAAGAAUUUUGCCGGACCGUUCCGUCUGUCGCGAUUCGACCCGCGGAUUUGAGACGAAAAGAAAAAAUUUAGACGACGCGCGAGAACGACGACGGACGAUCGACUGUGUCGAAACGAAUCGAAUUUCGCGUUUCAAAAUUGAAAAGAAAAAUAAACGGAAUAAUUUCGAAAAACUAAAAAAACGACUAAACCGAUAGACGAUAUGGCGGGUAAACGCCCGUUCGAUAUCAAUCUGUACGAAACGCGCGUUUACCCAGAACACACGCACGGGACAAGAGAAAAAUAUCGCGGAUCUCGCGUUAAACUUAAUGAUACGUAUACAUAUACAUAUAUGCGCGUAAAACGAUCGAAUGCGUUUCGUUGAAGAAAAAAAAAAUUAAAACAUGAGAAACAAUGAAUACGCAAAAACAAGAACAAAAAUACCACUUUCGCUAAUUCGAAUUCGUAUUACGUAUCCCAUCACACCGUGUCUUUUUUUUUUCCUCUAUUCUUUCUUCUCGUCUCUUUUUACACGUUAUUACUGAAUUUGGCCACGAUCGAGAUUAUCACCUCGUUAAGAGCGUCGUUCAACACCGAAUUCGUCGCGGUCGCGAUUCCCGUUUCGCGAAGCUCACGGACGCGAACGAAACCGUUGCGUUCUCAACUGUACGAAAUCGUUGCCCCCGUUUCAGUAGGUGGUAGGCACGGAAAAAAGAAAAAUGAAAAUAAUUAAUCGAGCGGCGGGGAUCGAACACCGCGCGUUUUACAAAUUACAAAACUAUAUAUCAACGAUAUACGUCCAAGUUGAAAAAGUUUGUUCGCUCGCAGUCGAUCCAUCGGUGUCUUUCUUCGUCGCGAUCGAAAUUGCGGCAUUCGCUACACCCUUUCUUCAGGGAGGGUGUGGAGUGGUGUUUCUAGAUUUCUUUCCCUUUCUUGUUGCUUCUUCUUCUUUUUUUUUUUUUUUAAUUUUUUUCAAUUGUUAUGUUAUAUUGUUGUUGCUGCUGUUGUUGCUGUUGCUGCUGCUGUUGAUUCGGUGUAUAACGGGUGUUG